AUGGCGCCGAGUACAACCAAAAGCAAUGGAAACCGUUCCAAAAAGGAGAUGGACUUCGGUGGCUUGGAUCCAGUAAUGAUGAUGCGCUUAAUGAACCAAAUUCCACGCAAUCCAGUGACAGGAACUAGGGAUCUCACGGACAUUACGAAGUAUUGUCUCUUCUUCUUCUAUCUUAUAGAUCCUAAAUUUGGAUACAGAUAUAUGGAAGAGCACCCAGAAGAAAUGGCCCAGUUAAUGGCUGAAUAUAACAAAAGCGAAGCCUCGAAACCGAAACUCGACCUAUCCACAUAUGAUUACAAUGCAUUAAUCUCCACAAUUCUUCCUGAUUCUUUCUGGGUGGUGCAGUUGGAGCAUAUGGGUCAUGUAGACAAGUUCGGAAACCCCGUGGAACCUAACAAAGUCAAUACAGCCCCCAAUACAAAACCGGUGUUUACUAUCUAUUGUUACGACGAACAGGGUCAUUACCGCAUAAUGGAUGAAGUUACGGGCCUUCCAGACUCCAAAGCAGUGCUCAGGUCCAUUCAACGAGCAAUUGCUGAACCCAUUAUGCCUCUGAAACCAGGCCUUCCGAAAUUCCUCAUGAUUGCUUUCAAGCUAACACCUCACGCCGAAACUUUGAAACAAUUUUUAGACUCGAUUCCACAGCCAUUUUACUGGCGAUUCGAAACCCGUGACGAAGCUCAAGGUGUUCGCGAUGGUGUGCAUGACCUUAAUGAACAGGGCGUAAAAGAUUCUAUGGCUCUUGCGGAACAUGCAAAGCUGCGUGGAAAUCAAGCCUUUUCCCGCAAAGACAGGGAUUCAGCUCUUAAAUCAUACGCUGAAGCCCUGAGACAUAUCGUUGAUGUUCUUUCUCAACGCCCUGGCCCUGAGGAAAAAACUAAAGCUACAAGAUUAAGGGCAAUUUGCUAUGCAAAUAGAGCUGCCACCCAUAUGCUACCAGGGACUGGUCAAGAUCCACAAAAAGCCCUUGCAGAUGGAAAGUCAGCAGAGACGGUAGACCCCACCUAUGGGAAAAGACAAGCUGCUGCCAACGAAGCGCUUGGUAACAAGGACGACGCCCUGGAUGCAAUUGCACGAGGGCUGCGUCGAAAGGAGCUCGAAAAUGAUGUUGGAUUGGUUGAUCGAUUAAUCGAACUGAUGACAGAUGGAAAGGGCCUUUCCGACGACGAAGAAACAUACAAGAACUGGUGGUUAGAUGUGAGUAUUAAUGAUGCAAGAAGUUCUGAAAGACUACGUGGCAUUCAAGGGGAAUGGAAAAAAAGAUGUGCCGCUCAAUUGGAAAAGUGGAUAUAG